AUGUUAACAUUGGUUGGGGGGUACGGUCUAUCAAAACUUUACGGUAAAUAUUACACACGAGAACUCCUUGAUCAUGAAAUAUCCGACGAUGGUACAGAGCAAGCAUUAAUUUCAUCAACAUCAUUGUCCUCGACAGCAUAUGCAAGUUCAUCAUCCAUCUCUGAAAAGAUCAAACUGCGUGGUAAUUCCUCCAAAUCAAAAAAAUAUUGUAUUAUAAUAGAAAAUUUAAUUAUAGACAUCACGACAAAACAAAAUCAGGCGAUACGCUUUAGAAAAAAAUAUCACAAGAAUCUCAAUGGGAUAUUAAAAUCCAUUGAUGAGAUGAGGGAAAUAAUUUGUGUCACGGAAGCCGAAAAUUUGAAAAAAAUUCACAAGAUAUUAGAUGACAUAGAGAAAUAUCAUAAAUAUAAGGAUGUUAAUUUACCCAAAAACAAAUCUCAUAUAAAAGAAUUGGAGAAACAGCUCAUGCAAGAGGAAGCUUAUCUGGACACCGAAUUAAGAGUGCUGCAAGCUGAUUUAGGCAUGCUUAUGUGGAAGUACGAAGAGUUGGAUAAUUACGCCUUAAAAGAAUGGGAAUAUUCCCAAUCAGAGAUUCAACAGUUACGAGCGAGAUUAAUGAAGGAAGCAACUCGAUUCUCAAAGUUGAAAGAAAGUAAAUAUUAUUACUAA